UAGAUUAUUAUCAAGAUGAGAACUCUAAACUCGCCGAGUUCUCCGGCCCACAGAGGGCGGGGUGUCCCAUGUGACAGGGCGGCCCUCGGCGUUCCCCAGUACAAAGCCUGCUGCUCCCACAGCGUCCAGUGUGUAGCCAAGUUCUUGGUUCAGGCGGUCGCGGUUCCUGCUUCUACCAUGGCUAAAGACAUGACCCUGUACUGGGCCUCCGGGUCGCCUCCGUGCUGGCGCGUCAUGAUCGUGUUGGCGGAGAAGAAUUUGCAGGGGUACAACAGCAAACUGGUGUCGUUCGAGAAAGGCGAACACAAGUCCGAAGAAAUCAUGAAACUGAACCCCCGGGGGCAGGUUCCAACGUUUAAACACGGAGACGUGAUCGUGAACGAGUCUAUCGGCGCGUGCAUGUACCUGGAGAAUUGUUUCACGUCACAGGGCACACAGCUGCUUCCAGCUGCGCCGGCAGAGCAGGCGCUCGUGCUGCAACGCGUCUUUGAGACCCAAACGCUGCAGUUUGCAAUGCGUGACGCCCUGUUCUAUGAGCGCUUCACACCUGAGGGAGAGAGACACGAGUCUGCCCUGAAGAGAAACAAGGAAAACCUGACCAAAGAACUGAAGCUGUGGGAGAGCUACCUGCAAAAGAUGGACAGUGGCUCAUACCUAGCCGGAAGGACCUUCUCCAUGGCAGAUGCUGUCUGUUUCCCUGUGAUUGCCUUCUUUUCACGCUUUGGGCUGAGUGAGGAGCGCUACCCCAGGCUGAUGGCGUACUACCAGAUGGUGAAGGAUCGUCCCAGUAUUAUAUCCACCUGGCCACCUCACUGGUUGGAGAACCCCCAGGGCCAGGACAUGCUCAAGGACCUGUGAGAGGACGGGCACGUAACACUGGCCCAGACCUGCUCAUGACCGGCAUAUGACAACACAUGAUUUCACUCCAUGUUUGGUUCAUUUUGGGUGUCUACUAAUAGAUAUUUUUGCAGUGUGUAUAACAUGAAUUUGCAUCUAAUAAAACCUUGUCUGCAGCCAGUUA